GCAGUCAAAUUUAAUUGAAAAAGCGUGUUAGUGGGAGGUAGGAAACUAAAAAAAAACAAGGCUUCCAAGCUUCGGCCGAUUCGUGCAGACUACAGCGCCACACAACAACCCCGUUUUAGUUGAAACGCUUCUCUGACUCGGAAUUGUACACAAUAGCUGUCUCCCUCUUGCUGGCCAGACGCCAGAAGAAAGACGCUAAUGUCUUUCCUACCACGUCUUUUCAAACCGCCAGCAGCGAACUGCAGAGCAUAUUCUUCUUUUUUCUCGUCUAAACCAGGCGGUGGCCGGUACUUCAAUUCCACCAAACCUCCAAAGCCUGUCGUUUCUUCUGGCAGAGCCAAGGUUGAUAAUGGCAACACUAGCGUCGCAUCCAGUGACGGAACCAGCAGCAGCAGCUCUGGGAAUGGGAGCGUAAAGAUGAAGGUAGAUGAAAAUCCAUCGAUUCCAGCCUCAAAUGCAGUCGACGCAUCACGAAGCACACCUUCACUGCCAUUCACAUCACAUUCCGCAUUUGCCAGCCAGUUUAAUCACCACGUUCAUCCCACAAUAUCGUCUCAGGAUUUCAAUCUCCACCAAUUUUUCUCGUUGCACAGACCGCUGCUUCUCUUAUCCCAGCCGCCAUCUACCAUUUUUGAGUCUGCGCCCCAAGACACGCCUCUUUUUCAGUCGCCAGAAGAAAUACCAAAGACUCAAUUGCAGUCAGAGCAAUUUCCUUCAUUCGAUGACCCACCAGAAUCCUCGUUCGAGACCGAUGCUGAUGCUGCGAGGCAGCUCGGACACGCGUUGGUCAUGAACCGUGUGGGAGGAAUGGUGUCAUGGCACAACACUUUGGCAAGGCUUGGUUUGGGUGGGGAGAGUGCAGAAGGCAGCGCGAUCAACGCGAAAGAGUCUGCACAGGAGUGGGUCACCAUCCACGCUGAUAGCACAAAGCGCAAGAAGCGAAAGAAGAUGAAGAAGCACAAGUUGAAGAAGCGCCGCAGACUCACUCGCAUGCAACGUCAGAAUGCAAAGUAGACGAUCUGGACAUGACCUGGCACGCCGUGAUAUAGCCAUAUUAGUUUCUCAGAUCCCUUGCACAUUCUGAAUACACAUUCCACCUUCCUCGAAUCGUACACUCAUCAUUAUCAUGUUCAAUGUUGUGCGACAGACGAUUUCCGAAUGUUUUUACUGAGAUAACGAGUCUACAUUCAACGGAUAUGUUUCCAGACUCGAACAGCGCCUUUUCUUUGACCCUCUCCUUCCCACUCAAACCCACCCUUCCAUACCUCUUCGUAACCUAGAUUCCGAAAGAGGUCCAACAUACCAGGCUCC